CACACGCUAAUCCGUGAUCGUUAAUCCUCUGCAGACAGAACGGUGCUUGCUGUGGACCGUGCCAAAGUGGCUAUUUACGCGCAAUUAUCGCUACAAACUCGCUACAGUGGGUGUUUGCAUACAUGCACUGCACGUCUGGGUGACCUGCCUGUCUCUGCCCCCCUCUCCCCCACCCACCGCCUGUCCAUUGGGCUCCGUGAUACUUCAUGGUGUUUGUGCCAUCUAGGGUUAUCCGCCGCUCCAUUGCAGUCUUUCUGGCGCAGAUUUCGCGUCUCGCCAUCUGCUCACUCUUGGACUAACUAAUAACUUCCGAAUCACUGAAAACAAACAAGAAAGUUUUCUUCUGGACUUACGGCCUUUACUUCGUUUUAAAAGGAGACAUUCUUUCUGCUUGGAUAAGUGUUUAGGUACAAAAGAGAAGCAACCGAUUCCAAGGACGUGAACACUAGUAAUUACUGCACCGCGGGGGGAAAAAUAGACAAACGCCUAUGCCAUGUAGCUGCACUCUCACAUGGAAAUAUGCAGACGAGCCCACACAGCAGCGAGCUAGUUAUUUUUACUUAAAGGGAAAAACUACAAAAAAUGCUGUGAAGCUCUGUGUCGCAGCUUGGCUCCCGGCAAAAGCGCAGGUUUUUCCAGAGCAUCUGCUGGUGGGGGGAAAAAUUGUCAGGAGCGAGAGAAGAAGCGAUAUGCGGCUGGUCGGGCAGUUGCUUUUGCAGUUCCUCUUCUGGAAUUAGUGCAUGAAUGGGAAGGGAGCGGCUUUAGACUCGAAGCAGGAAAAAAAAAAGAGUGUACCGUUUAAAGCUCGCGGCGGCACAUAAUGGAUACUUUCCUGCCCUUAAAGGUGAAAAAGUGAACGGAUGAGGUGGAGGACACACACGCGCACGCACACACACACAGACACACACACACACACACAGACAAGCACACACACAAAUGUCACCUUGCAACAUUCAUCCGUGGGAGGAAGAGAACAACUUUGGAUUGUUUGUUGCCCGCGGGAGGAAUUCAAGGUCACCUAACAGACUCAACAGAUGUGAUUGAGAACCACAUAGAAGAGUGGUUGUAUGAAUAAAGAUGAAUCAAUAUGAGUUUGGAUACCUGACCUGACCACACAACAGAUGCUUUUACUGCUAAUUCUUCACCUUGCACUUUGAGUGUGAAUGUGUGGCCUUGAGAUAUUUCCAAGGGACCAUAUGGCAAAAUACCGCACAAUAUAGGUCCUCGUUGCAUAAGCUAACAUGGACAAAGUGGUCAUCAGUCUCCUGUUCCUGGGAACCGCAGUUACGAUGGUCCAUGCAUGUCCCAAAUACUGUGUCUGCCAGAACUUGUCAGAGUCCUUGGGGACUUUAUGCCCCUCCAAAGGUCUGCUCUUUGUUCCACCAGACAUUGACCGGCGAACUGUGGAGCUCCGGCUGGGUGGCAACUUCAUCCUAAAGAUCUCCACCCUGGACUUUGCCAAUAUGACAGGUCUGGUGGAUCUCACUUUGUCCCGGAACACCAUCAGCGACAUCCAGCCUUUCUCAUUUAUUGACCUGGAGACAUUAAGAUCGUUACACCUGGAUAGUAACCGGUUGACUGAACUGGGACCAGAUGACCUCCGAGGACUGGUUAACCUGCAACACCUGAUCCUCAACAACAAUCAACUGAGCCGUAUCUCUAAAGUAGCCUUUGAUGACUUGUUACUGACACUGGAGGAUCUUGAUCUGUCAUAUAACAACUUGCGCACUGUGCCUUGGGAGGCCAUCCGAAAGAUGGUUAACCUCCAUCAAAUGAGUCUGGACCAUAACCUCAUCUCCUUCAUUGCUGAGGGGACCUUUACAGAUCUCGACAAACUGGCACGCUUGGACCUCACCUCUAAUCGUCUUCAGAAGCUCCCUCCAGAUCCUAUCUUUGCACGCUCCCAGAGCAAUGUGGUGAUGAGCACACCAUAUGCACCCCUGCUCUCACUAAGUUUUGGUGGAAACCCUUUGCACUGCAAUUGUGAAGUGCUUUGGCUUCGGAGACUGGAACGGGAGGACGAUAUGGAAACCUGUGCUUCUCCUGCCAGUCUAAAGGGACGCUACUUUUGGUCUGUUCGUGAGGAGGAAUUUGUGUGUGAGCCCCCUCUGAUCACACAACAUACACACAAAUUGCUCGUGCUCGAGGGACAGACAGCUAGCUUGCGCUGCAAAGCUGUUGGUGAUCCAAUGCCAACAGUGCAUUGGGUUGCUCCUGAUGACCGUUUGAUUAGCAACUCCUCCAGAGCAACUGUAUAUGAAAAUGGGACUCUGGAUAUAACAGUCACCACAUCUAAGGACUACGGUACAUUCACCUGCAUUGCUGCUAAUGCUGCAGGAGAAUCUACAGCGUCCAUUGAACUAUCAAUCAUUCAACUCCCCCAUCUGAGUAAUGGUACAAACCGUACCACCCAGAACAAGUCAGGCCUGUCAGACAUAACAAGCUCUACUAAGAUCAGUAAAGGGGAGCCUAAAACUCUUCCAGAGAAGGUGGUGUCUGUAUCAGAAGUGACUGCUGUUUCUGCUCUGGUCAAGUGGAGUGUUAGCAAAGCAACUCCAAAGGUCAAAAUGUAUCAGCUUCAGUACAAUUGUUCUGAAGAUGAAGUCCUCAUUUACAGAAUGAUUCCCAUGACUAACAGGGCCUUUGUACUCACUAAUCUGGUCCCAGGGAUGCAGUAUGACCUGUGUGUCUUGGCCAUUUGGGAUGAUACUGCUACGACUCUCACUGCCACCAAUAUUGUAGGCUGUGUCCAAUUUGUCACCACUGAGGAUUACCCACAGUGUCAAUCUAUUCACAGUGGCUUCAUGGGUGGCACUAUGAUCCUGGUCAUCGGUGGCAUCAUCGUGGCCACACUGCUGGUUUUCAUCAUUAUCCUCAUGGUUCGCUAUAAGGUGACGAGUGGGAUCCAGACUAAUAAACUGCCCACUGUGAGUAACACAUACUCUCAGACGAACGGAGGAAUGAACAGGUUCAACGGUGCCCCACCACAGGUCAAAUCUACAGUGAUGGUCAUGCGUGAGGAAAUGGUAGAGUUCAAGUGUGGAUCUCUCCAGAGCAGUCUCUCUUCGUCCUCCUCCUCUUCUAACUCAUUAGACAGCCAAACAGCAAGAGGGGCUGGUGACCGCUACAGCAUGCAAAGCAGUGAGUGCACCACCCUGCCCAGCAACAAGUUCAGGAGGCACGGCCCCAAAGCACGCCCAAACUUGGACCACCUUUUAGGGGCCUUCACCUCACUGGAGCUGCGAGGGGCAGGGAGAGAUGGCGCAGGGACUUCUGGACCCUCCACCAGUUCCAAUGCUAUGGCAGUGGCUGUGGUACCACCGUCUGAUAAAGAACCAUUGCUUGGAAGGGCAGAGUCCACAACCAUGCUGGGACGCAUCCUAGGGCUCCCCCAGGAGGGUAAGCCAAAGAGGAGCCAUUCGUUUGACAUGGGUCACGUAGGGGCCACACAGAGUCGCAGCAGCUACCCACGCAGGAUCAGUAAUAUCUGGACUAAACGCAGUCUGUCUGUUAAUGGCAUGCUGCUGCAGUAUGAUGACAGUGAGGAUGAGAAGCCCAGUUUUGAGAGCUCCGAGUGGGUAAUGGAGAGCACGGUUUGAAGACCAUAGAGACCACAUGUGAGAUUCAUGACCAAACAAUAAAUCUAUAUGAGAAUAAAAGAAACAUGAGUGAAAAGUGAAGGAUAUCCCAAAGGGAAACUAUCUUCUGCAUGAAGCUAACCCAAGUGACAAUAUAAGACACUCAAAUCAAUAGAUUCCUGGUCAUGAUCUCAUCUCUGACAGUGUCAAACUGUAUUUGAAAAAUGUCCCCAUUUUAAAACAACUGCAGAAAUGGCCCACAAGGAAUAUUUCCCAAACCACAGGGUACAUGAGAUUAUCCCUGAGGGGAGAAAAGGGAAAGAAAGACAAGAAAUUCUAAGUGGAUUUACUAUGUCUUUAUUAAAACAACUGAAUACCAAGAGGAUUUGCCUCGAUUGUGGUGAAGUGGAUCACAAUGUCAUGGACCCUCAGCAUGAAAUGGGACUACUGCAACAGUAGAAAGACCAGAGGAGCUAGUAGAAAAUUAAAACAAAGUCAUUUUUAUUUUCAGUCAUUUUUUCUAUCAUUUUUACUAUUUAUUAUUUGAGGCAAUUCAUCAGCAGAAGCACAUCUCGGUACUGAGGUUGUAGCUGUUGGUCACAUACAAAUAGACCCUCUCACACAUACACAUAUGUAGAGGCUACCAUCUCUCAUACAGCCAUUGCAAACACUUUCAAAUUGAUAACAUGAUUAAUUUUCAGUAACAAUAUGGUCCUAUUUUCUAGAUACCAUAACAAUGAACCACAGCAAGCCAGUCUUGUAUUUGUACCUCAGGUUAUGUAUCGUACGUUGUUAUUUUAAAGCAAGUAGGACUACAGCUAAGAUUGAACACAAACAGCUCCACACACAAAGUUCUUUGCUUGAUUGUAAAGCUGUCAAAAAACUAUUUGUUGCCAUCCAGUCAAAAUCCAGUGUGUUUCCAGCUCAGGUUAAAUCCUGCUCUAACAAAAUGUCAGUUUGAGUGCUUUGAUACUCUCCCCAUAGGUUAGCCCUGGUGACAAUGGUCCCUGCAGGCAAAAGGCCCAUUGAUGUAAACAGAGUGUUCGCCUCAGGGUACGGUUUCAGAUGUUAUCAAGAUAUAUUAUAGUCACUGGACGUGGAUGGUGUUUGAAAUCCAUCAAGCCCACUUAAUCAUUUGCCCAAAGCUGCCAAAAGCAGGAUCUAUCGUCAGGCUGUUAUUCUCAUGAGGUAACACAAACAAGAGAGUAUGGCAAUUACUCAUUUAGCCAGGUUAAAUGGAGGAAUUUGUCAUUUGAUAAAGGUCAUCGUGCUGCUUAGACGAAAGGAAAAAAGGGGAACGAUAACUCAUUAAGGGCCAAACAUUUCACCAAGUUACAUGAUACAGAACCUUUGUUGGUUUAUGUAUUAUUUCAAUUGAUCCAUCAGAGAGCCCAUUUAUCUUUCAUUCUCUUUCAUACAGGGCUGUACAUUGCAGUAAAAUACUUUGAAUUAGACUCUACUCAGAUUACUGCUGAUCAAAACUGCAACAUCUCUGCAUUUUAAUGCCUUUCUCGAUAUUCUGUGGAUCUCUGCUGCAUUUUAACAUGUGGGAUGGUCAUCGGUUUUCGUUUCUUCCCUACAGUAGGUGUACCGUUCUGUAUAUUGGCAUUCUUUUUGUACAAUAACUGGGUGAGAAUGUAAAUGGGGAUGGGGGAAGGGGGCAAUCGUGCAGUAGUACUUUUAUUUUUAUGUGAAGCAAACAGUGAGAAGGUGCUUUACUGUGACGUACCAACUUGAUCAUUGUUAGUUGGCUUACUGAAAUGGGAUUUUAUAUGAUACUGCAAGGGGGAAGUGGAGGACUGGCUUUUGUUAAAGGGUCAAGCCACUCAAAUGACUAAAAUACUUAUUUUCCAACUUAUCUCAAGUGAUAUUCCUGCAUGUACACUGUAGACAAUCUUGGUUUUAUUUGCUCAUGGUUUCAGAGAGCUUUGCCUCUAGUGCAAUACAACGGUGUUGGAAAAUGCAGACCAAUAUAUAUAUAGUUUAACAAUGUAUCUCUUCUAUAGAUCUGUUACAUCUGUUACAAAAAUGAUCAGGACCCUGUUUACCUAAAGCUUUAAUCAUUGUUUAACCCAAUAUCACCACAAAACGUGCAAUAGACACGCCAGUCCACCGUGUCCGUUUCACUCUUUGCCUCUACGAAGCGUGAAAAGGACACGCAUGUCGAAGUUCCAGUAAGCUGCAGUAAAAGAAGAGGGAGAUAUUUUAUGUCAAGCCAACUUGAAAAUAAUCACAGUAAAGUGUUUAAAUAGAUAUUAUUAACACAUUUACAUGUAAAUACAUAUUAGCCCCCUAGCUUAACCAUUUGUGGCGAUUAAGGACCUUGGAAUGUCCUGCAUAUUUAUUUUUUUGGUCACUACUGACUUCUUGGCUCUAAAUAUAUUAUCUCUCACUGCUGGUAAUGCGGUAAUGUAACUUCUGUAUGUGUGUCCAUUUCAUGUUUUGGAGAGGCAAAGCGUGAAACGGACGCAGUGGACCAGAGUGUAUAUUACAUGUUUUGCUGCAAUACUGAGUUGCACUGUAUCCGUGCCAUACAGUAUAUCCAUUCUAGCCAGUGAGCCACACUGCUGACAUUAAGUGUGUUUAACUGUAUAUGACAUACAGUAUAUCCAAAUGAGCUUUAAAAUCAUGAGCUUAUAAAUUCAGCAAUUUAAAAAGCACAAACAUUCUCUAAUAAUGUGUCUAAAAUAAAUGAUAAAUUCAGAGUAAUACCUACAAAGUGGCCAACGACAUAAAUCAUUUGUUCAAGCUGAUUGCAACAGGGUUAUGGGACGAAGCGUGCACUGCUCCAAUGGAUGAAUGAGACUUUUUUCUUAUAAUUCUUAUUAUUCAGUUGCAGGGAUAGCACUUUGUUCCAGAAAGCCACAUGUGCAUUUAGGACUGAGACAGUUGAGGCAUGGAGUUACUUUUGUGUCAUUUAAAAUAUUACAUUUGCAUUAUAAAACAAAAAAAAACAACCUUGUUUUUAAAUCCAAAGGUUUUACUGUUGAGCUCACUCUCGUGGGCAGUCUCUGUUGGUCAGCAUGGCAGCUUCCACAGUUUGCAAAUAAGAGAGUGAGAGCAUAAAUGACAUAAAAUCAAUGUGUAGGUGUGUUUGCACAUAACAUUCAUCUUGGUAAUGGCAAUAAUGUUAUGUUUAAACUACGAUUGGUAUUAUUUUACUUCACUUUUUUUUGCCUGUAGCCAGAUAUGGAUUUUCAUAAUCAGUUUCCACAUCACAGUUUGUUGAACAAAAGCAAUCUACAUGGAGUACUUUAUAAAAUGAAACAUUCUUUGUGUUAUUGUGGCAAAGGCUAGAUAUAAACAUACCUGUGCAGUGACUUUUCUGCCUUCUUUGCUCUUUCUAUGCUUUCACCACACAAUUAUUUGCUGUGACUCUAAUCAGUAGAGACAUGUCAUAUUUCACCUUAACACCCACGUUCGACUUAACCAGCAGCAGUUUUGGAUUUACACUCAAAAGUUUGAUUGAUAUUAAAUCAAUGAAAAGAAAACUAAGGAAAUAAGGAAAAACAUCUAUACAGUUUUUCUUUCUUUCUUUUUUUUUUUUUGCAAAAUUAUCUUGUUUGUUUACAUAAAAGUGACAGAAAAGUACCCAUAUUAGUCCUUACUUCUUUAAGAACCAUAUAUUGUUUUAUAAUAACAUUUCUACUGUUUUGACAAUCGUUCCCAUUUUCCAGUUCAGUUCCAAAAUGAUCUGAUUCAUGAAUUGAACAAAAACUAAUUCCUCAGCAGCAGCAGCAAAACCGUUCUCAUCAAAACCCUCCAAUAUCAGUGUAAAUGUUCUUCUGUACCAGAGCUGUAGCCCAGGUGCAGCAAUAAGCUACACAGACAUGCUUCUGUAUCACUGUCUGAUUUUUUUUGUUCCCAGCAUAUUGUUUUCCACGAAAACCUGUAUGAAAGACUUUGAAUCACUGCCAACUAUGUAACUUUUUGCAGGAAUUUGCUAGCCUGAGGAAUACCUACACAAUGCUGAACAGAAAAAAUCGAAAUGACUGAGCCCGUAAUAAAGUGUUAAUCUGUACCUUUGAGAUUUUGAGUCAUCAACGAAUGUCGUUUACCCUUAAUUUAAUGUUUGCCAAAACAUUACAACUUUUUAAACAAUUGUUAGCUUACAUUUUUGAAGAUUUUUGUCUUUGCUGCAAAUGAAUGAGUGCUACAGACCGUGUGAUUCAUAACAUUUAUUAUUUAUUCUUAACAGUAUAAGUCAGAUUACCCAAUAUCAUCAGCACGUUACUUUAGUAUCUCAGGUAUUUUGUUUGCAGACACUUGUCUGCCUAAUUUGCCAAUAACAGUAGGUUUUAAUGACAACGAUGCAACAAAGUCACAAAAAAAAAACAAGUUAGGUACAUUUUUAUCUAUAUUGUCCACUUUCAUGCAACAAAUCAUCCUCCCUCUUUUGGUUUCAUUUCUAUUAAUUUCUCAUUAUAUCCUGAUAGUUUCACUCAUUAUUAUAAGCGGAGAGCAUUUUACCUUACAUAUUAAAACAAGUUGUUUUGCUAAAGAUUUUGAAAUUGAAUUCAUUGUGACUAUAAGCAGAAGAAACCUAAAUCUAUUCCCAUCUCUUUUAUUUCAUCUGAAGUUUCAAGGAUGCUUAUUUUGGAAUUUGAGCAAAUAAAACCAGAAAACAUUUGCUUUUGUGACACUGGGGGUACACGUUGAAAUAUGUAUUUUAGUGAAUGUGUGAAGUGACCCUUUAACCUGCCGUCUCUGCUUGUGACAUCAUAUAACAUCCCCCUCCACUCUGCUAACUAAGAUAUAAAUUUAAGUGUGUAUUUGACUCAACAUAGUCAUGAUUCUCACCUGAGGUUCCAGGACAAAAACAAGAAAAAAAAACUGUUUAUGUGUGAAAACAUUUUGCUACAAAAGAAUAUAAAAUAUUGUCUAAUUCCUAUGAACCAAAA